AUGCCACAACUAAAUAUAUCAAUAUGACCUCUAACCAUUACCCUUACAAUAUUAACAUUUUUUUGCAUAUACCAACUAAAAAUGAUUAACCAAACUAUAACCUCCAUAACCCCAAAAAAUGAAAAAAAAAUACCAACAAAAACCCAAUUACCCUGAAACAAAAAAUGAACAAAAAUCUAUUUACCCAAUUCAUUACCCCCACAAUUAUAG